AUGGUCCCAGUGUAUGAUAAGGGUGAUGACGUUAUAAAUGAUACAAUUAAUGAAGUUGAAGAUGGUAAUAAUAAUCAAUAUCACAAUGGUAUUACGAAUCAUAUAGACAAUGAUUUAUCGAUGCCUGGUACAACUGUUCGAUUUUCAAAUUAUGACGAUAAUACAUCAAUAUCAAAAUCAUAUUACGAUGAUUCUUCUACUGUUGUCUCCGUAAAUACGGAUACAACACAAUUUGACGAAUUAUUUAAACGUAGUAAAACAACAAAAGACAAUGGCAUUGUGCUAAAUUCUCCACCACAUCCUCGAUGUUAUAGUUCAACAUCACCACCGAGAACAUCAUUUCAAGCGGAACAAUUCUAUUAUCAAUCACAACCUCAUCUUUCACAACAACAUUCACAUAUCACCGUACCCGUUACACAUAUGAACCAUCGAUAUUAUUAUGAGAACGAUGAUGUUGACGAAGAAAAAAUAGAAAAAAGAGAAGAACAAGAUGGAGAAGAAGAAAAAAAACUAAAGAAAAAUAAGUUACUCUAUUCAACCGGUAUUUAUAGUACGCCAAACGUUGCAAACAGUAAUAGUAAUACUAAUAGCACGUCAUUUUUUUCCCCAUUUACUGACUCUACACAACUACAACAACAACAACAACAACUACAAAAUUCUAAUAAUCGUCGACAAUCAAUUGGAUUAAAAGUUCUUUCACAUCACAUUCCAACGGACACAGCUACCUAUUCAUCAUCUCCACCAUCACAACAGGUAUUUCCAUCGGCAGCUGUUGCCUCGGCAGAAUCUGCACGUACCAGACGAAAAAAAUAUUCAUUAACACAUACAACAUUUUUACAGUCAAAUAAUCAAAACGAUACACCUCUAGUUCGAAGUUGUUCUUAUAAACGUCCACAAUCAAUUAAAAAAUAUCGACAAAAACGAUCGAGUCAACAGCCGUUUCAAACAUCUUCACCUAAACAACAACAACAACAACAACAUUUACAAUUAGAAAAGAAGAAUAGUGUUGGAAGUACUACGAAUAAAAGUAGAAAAUAUAGUGCAGUAACAACUCAUAAUAAUUAUUCACUACAACAGACAAGAAAAUCCAUAAGUGUCGGUACAACAAGAAUAUCAGCAGUUGAUCUAAUGGCAACCGAUGAUCCAGCAGAUCAAUGGUCCAGUCCGAAAUCACCGAGAUCCAGUCGUGUGGGUUCAUUACCACUCGAUCAUCUUCAGUUACCAGAUGAAGAGAUAUACCGCAUAAGACAAUUUAAUACAACAUCAAAAGGAUUUGUUAAUCGGGGUGAUUCAUUCAAACGUUCAUUUAAACGUAGUGGUUCAAUAAGUCGACGUAGUUCAUUUCGUCAAAGUCAUGGUGAUACGGGAACAUUGAUCGAUGGUCUUGGAAAUAGUUAUCAUUCACCAUCACAAGAACGUUUAUCAGGUAGUCAAACAAAUAUGAUGACAAUUAGUGGUACAUCGAUACAUGGUCUAACAAAUAAUACAAUGUUAGUUGAUAAUAUGAAUGGGAGUACUAAUUCAUUAAAUAAUACAAAUACAAAUAAUAUUAAUAAAAAUAAUUCAAAUAAUUUAUUAAUAAUAAAUGAUCUUCUUCCACUUGUCUAUGUAACGAAUGAUGAUCAAAUACCCGUUGUAGAAACAAUUGAAACAGAAGAUGGACAAGUACAAGAAAUAAGAAUUUAUCAAGUUUAUCUAAUGGGAUUAUCAGGCACGGGAAAACGUAGUCUUAUUAGACAAUUCAAGACAACAGAAUAUAGAGGAAUAUAUGAAUAUUCAAGUUCUGUGGAGGAUGAUCCUGAUAACACGGUAUCAAUUAUGCUCGAUGGUGAAGAGUCAAGAAUGCAUAUUAUAAACAUAGAUGUUGAUCUUGUAAGUUAAACACUUUAAAAUCUCGUUUUAUUAUUCUAAUCUCAUGAGUCAUACAUCUCAUGACAAAUACGUUCCUCAUGACAAAUUUGAAUAAAUUCACCACUACACUAUCUAAUAAUGAUUAUCAGUCAGGUUCUACAAAUCGCUCAGUUUUGAUUUUUGAACACAAUUUUGUUUAUACUACAUAAAUUUGAUUGACAACCACUUUUUAGUUAUAAAAAGGCGUCAACUUUGGAAACUUCCAUUGGCUUUCACUAUGUAUCUACAUAUUGCGUCAAAUAACAAAAUUUCACUAUGAAUCACGUGGUUAAAGAUCAUCAAAUUAUUUUGGUAGUGUUCAAUUGUGUUGAGAGAAAGAGUCCAGGAAAAUAAUGUCAUGAACUGUACGCUUACGAAGGAACCGCCCGAGAUGAUACUCUCCGUUUUUCUUCGUUCAUACCUCGGUUGAUAGAGGGCAUCGACCUGACAAAAAACCUAAAUGGGUUGCUGCGGAGGGCUCUUGAAGACCCGGUUUUCUGGAAAACCAGUUUUUCAGAAACUUUAAAACUAACUGAAACCUCUUCUUAAUGAGUUGUAAUUGUAGCCCGGAAAUGUCUGAUUAAAAUGAGACGUCUCCCAGCUCUACACCACCUUUCUUUGCAAAGUUAUAGA